AUGGCUCCCUCCGUUAUUGAGACAGAUCUUCUCAUCCCGGGUCGUGGAGAUCCCAUUAAAGACGCAGCGCUUGCAUGGGAGAACGACCGAAUCGUUUGGCUACGAGCAGCGACGAAAGUUGAGAAGGUACCUGUGAUCACCCCUGGUCUUUGGGAUUGCCACGUGCACUUUCUAGGCACCACAUCAUACCAGACAGAGGAUAUCUGGAGAGAGCCGCGUGCAUUAUGCAGUGCUCGUGGUGCUCGCGACGUCGCCGAAUUGCUGAAUGCCGGCUACACAUCUGUGCGCGAGCUGGGCGGUGAUGGCCACGAACUCGCCAAAGCCAUCAAUGAAGGCUACUUGGCUGGACCGAACAUUUAUUCCUCGGUGAGCGUCCUGAGCCCCACGGCCGGACAUGGCGAUGGCCACAGCAUUCCUCUGGACACGUUCAAAGAUGCUUGUAGCCAUGGUAUGGUAUUUGAGGUCUGUGACGGCGUCCCUGAAUGCCUGAGAGCGGUGCGUCUCCAGUUGCGUCGGGGUGCCAAGGUGAUCAAGGUCUGUGCUAGUGGAGGCGUUGCCAGCGAAAUCGACGACCCUCACCACCAGGAGUUUUCCGAUGAUGAGCUGAGGGCUAUGGUGGAAGAGGCCCACCGUGCGCAGCGCGUGGUGGCCGCUCAUUGUCACGGCAAAGCGGGAAUCAUGGCAGCCCUGCAUACCGGCGUGACCACGAUUGAGCACGGGACAUACAUAGAUGAUGAAGCGAUCUCCGAAAUGCUAGAGAAGAAAGCCAUCUUGGUGCCAACACGCACGAUUCAUGAGAACGGAUUGAAGCUCCGGGAGCAUUGGACGGACAAAUCGUACGCCAAGCUGCAAGUGGUUGCAGCCCAUCAAUUUACGACGUACCAGAAGGCCAUCAAAGCUGGAGCUCGCAUUGCGUUGGGCAGCGACUUGGGUUGCAGCCGUGCCAACACCGUCCUUAGCCACGGUCAGAACGGAAUCGAGCUGAAGUACGCCGUCGACGCUGGGAUGACUCCAUUGCAAGCCAUAGAGGCCGCAACAGCGGCGGGACCCGAGACAUUGGGUCCCCCGGCUCCGCGUGCGGGUCAGCUGAAAGAGGGAUUCGAUGCGGAUUUCAUCGCGUUGAGCAGCAAUCCUUUGGACAACAUCGAGAUUCUUUCCCAGGCAAAGAACGUGACCCAUGUAUGGAAGGGAGGUAAACAGUUUAAGUCACCAGCGGUUGCGGGUCGUUGGUUGUUUCCGGGACUUCGACAGUCAUAG